AUGGAAAAUUCUGGCUUAAAUUUCAACAUAUUUCUGAAUCGUCCAGAACAACCAAUGGAUUUGAAUUAUCGCGCAAUACGAAUAAAAGUUUACAAGAAUGGUGAUCAAUAUGAUACAGGAACAGUGGUAGUCAUUUGUCGGAAAAGAUUUAAACACUGGCUUACUUUUUUAGACUUUCUUACCGAAAAAUUAAAUUUAAUGGCACCUGUUCAUGAAUUCUAUCGAGUGGAUGGUCUUCGUAUACAACAUUUCGAAGAAAUAGAAAAUGGAGGAUCAUAUGUAGCCGUAUCACAAGGACCAUUUAUUCAUAAACCAUAUGGCUUACUACCUGAAGAUCGUGAAAAAUGGAAUAUGGAUCCAAAAUUUGAAUCAUCAGAACAGAGCACACUUAAUUCCGCUGAAUCCGUGGAUAUUUAUCUAAAACAACGUGGUUACACCUCUCGAACUGGUCUACCAUUUCCAUUUGAUGGUGGUGUAUGUGUCAAUCAUUCUGCACCAUUGACAGGAUUUGGACGUAAUCAUGUUCAUUCUUCGAAUCAAACCAUUCGUCAACAUCGUGAUGAAUUGAAAUCAGAAGAAAAUAAUUCGAAAAAUGAUGAAUUAUUGGAGAAAAACAACGUAAAGCCAGAGGAACGAAAAGAAGAGAUGAAAAAUUUUAAUUCACAGUCAAUAUCACAUUCGAACUCAAAUCUUACAAUCGAUGAUACGAAAUCUUCAACGAUGAAUAAUCAGAAUGGUGAACAAAAUGAUGAAAUUUUGCACUCCUCAAUGGUUGAAGCUACAAAUGCAAGUGUAAACAAAGUUGGAGAGAAUGAUUUGUGCAAUGAAAUUGCUACUCAAAAUAAUCAUAAGCCUACUGUAAAGGAAUAUGAUGAAUGUAUACCAGCACCAGUUAUUCAAAUUCCAGAUAGUUCUCGAGAAUCUUCAAUUGGGCAAGAUAGUAAAAAUAUUGGAUCAUUGGGAAUGAUGCAAACUAUGAAUUCCAAUUAUUAUUCACUGCCAAUGAGAAAUCCUGAAGCUGUUGUUACUAUAGUAAACGAUGAUGCAUUGAUAAAUGCAAGUAAUGGUUCCGUCAUCAUUGUUAAUAUUUCUACAGGACAGAAGAAAAGUGACAAUGUAAAUAACAUCUGCAAUAAAAGUACUGAUGGCGCAGAGAUUACUCCAUCACUGGUUAAUAAUGUCAAAAGCACUGAAAUGCCAUCACAGAAUUCAGGAGUUAAAAUGACACAACUCCCGCAUGAUACCGGAACACAGGACACUACUCGGAUUCAAGAUACUACUGGAAAAAAAAUACCAAUGGCUAUACACAUUAGUGACGUUCCAUCAACUGGAAUGAUUGAUCGAUCAUCAUCUGUAUCCAUCAAUAUUGAUGAUCAAAGUGCAAAGACAGUAUUACCGAAAAAGAAUGAAAAUGAAGAGGAGAAUGUUAGAAGUUUUAAAAUAAAUUCAAAAAGAAAUGAAAAUAAUUUGGUAAACAAAUUUGAAGAAUCUCAGAGUAUGAUUUUGGAGCAGAAUUUACCGAUAAAAUUAAGAGGAAAUGCAGAGCAAAAGACAAAUUUAGAAAUGAAACAAAAUGAUCAACAAGUUUAUGAUACCUCGGAAAAUAAGGCUAAAUUAAAUGAGCCUUCCAGGAAUCUAGAAGAAACAACAUCAAUGCUUAUGCAACGAAGUAAAUUUAAACAGAAUUUUGAUAAUUUUGAACGUGAUAAAGAAGAUUAUAGUAUUGAUAAGAAUCAAUCAAAUCAUAUAAGUGUUGCUUCUGGACAUAAAUUUGGAAGUAAAAAUGAAAGGCAUAUGAGUUGCGCAGUAUCAAAAUCAAGCAAAAUUCAAGAAUCUUUAACAACUGAUAAGAAUUCACAUAAUAAAAAACGUGUUACUUUAGCAACACCUUCGAUUGUUGAAAUGAAUUUAGAAAUGGAGUCAGAAAAAGCAGAAAAUUUUCAAGAUUCAAAAGGACAAUUAAAAUAUUCUCCAAAACAGACAGAAGCUGCUACUAACAAUGCUAAUAUUUUGAUCACAACUAUGACAUCUACUAUCUCCACUACUGUUAUCACUAACACUACUGCUAAUAAUACCGUGACUGAUAUUACUCAUAAUACUGCUGCUUCUAGAGAUGUAAUCAUGCAUACCACAAUUAGAGGAGAAAAAGAAAUUCCCGAUCUACAACAGAAAUACCAGCCAGAAUGUGAAAUGAGUUUCGAAGCAGACUUUACACCAAGAUAUCAUAUUCAUACGAAUUCCACUCGUAUGAAAACUUUCCAAAAAAUUAAAACCGAUUUGGAUUUGAAUAUGGAUAUUUACCGGUUACGAGCGCAAAAUAAUUAUGAUCCUGAUUUUAAAGACUAUGAUUUCAUACAAUGA